AUGAUCCAAGGCAGGUGCACCAUGUUGAACCAGAAACUCGACCAAUGCAUACGCCAGCUCGACCUACGUGUCAAUGAGGAAACACUCACCGCUUACCUUGUCGACAUGUUUGCCUCUGCCAUGAAACCGCUCAAGGCCGGCUCGGCGUCUGCAUUGGACACAUUGCGCAAAAAGAUCAAGUACCGCAGCGAGCACUUUGCCUCGUUUGAUGAAGAAGCCGUUCGAAGCGCCAUCGACCAAGUGCUCUCCAACGACCUGUACGCCGGAGACAAACGAUCGAAUCUGCGCGAUCUCACUGCGCGCAAGAAUGUGCUGCGCGAGAUUGCCGACAUUCUCAACCAGGACCUCGAACAGCUCGAAACAUGGCAGUGGGCUGAAGGCGGGGUACAGAUGUCCAUGCAUCGUCACAUCAACGGAAAGUACCGCGUCUGCAUGGACGAGGAAGUCUACCAGGCCAUCUUUCUGGCCCAUAUUGACAGCAUAUGGUCCGAUUGCUUCCACAUCCACUUUAUGCGCUUUUUCGAUCACUCCUGUAAGCACGGCGCUAGUCGCAAGCUUACCAAAGAGCUACAACGCUUUCACAACAGGCGAUUCCGACGCAUCGAUGAAAGGGCCGAGCCCAACGGCACCAGCAGCAUCAGCCACCUGCGUCAUUAG